AAAAAGACAUUCCGAGGAAUUCUCUUUGGUACUUGCCAAUAAUACCUCGCCUUCAGAGGCUAUACAUGUCUCCAAAAAUAGUUGAGCACAUGACAUGGCAUUUGAAAUGUUGUGGUGAUACGAAUGAGGUCAUUCAUCCAACACAAUCAGAAGCAUGGAGACAUUUUGAUCAAAUGCAUCAUUCUUUUAAAAGAGAACCUCGUAAUGUUCGAUUAGGUCUUGCUACUGAUGGUUUCAACCCAUGGGCUUAUUCUUCAACCUCCUACUCUUGUUGGCCAGUUUUUUUGAUUGUUUAUAAUUUGCCACCAGAGAUGUGCAUGCGACCAGAGUUUACUUUUCUUACAUUGGUCAUUGCAGAUCCAAAAAGCCUAGCUAUGUUGAUGUGGACCAUAACUGAUCUUCCGGGUUAUGGUAUGGUGGCUGGUUGGAGCACUCAUGGCCAAUUGUCAUGUCCUUACUGUAUGGAGAUGACACAAUCUUUGUAUCUUCAAAAUGCAAUUCAUCUUCCAUAUGAGGCCAGAGUUGGUGGUCCUGUUCAAUUUUGUUGGAUGUACCCAUUUGAAAGGCGCAUGCGCAAAUUUAAGAGUACCAUAGGGAAUAAAAAUCAUGUCGAGGCAUCAAUUGUUGAGGCAUUUAUAUUAUACGAGAUAUCCCACUUCUACUCUCGUUAUUUUGGGGAUGAUGUUGAGACAAGCUGGAAUCAGCGUCCAAGGAACUAUGGUGGCAUUGGAACCAACGUCUCAAGUAAGUUAUUUGUAUUUUGUUCCCCUGGUGAAUCAAUAGAUACUCACUCACGUACACGAUGUUUAACAUUGGAGGAGAAAGAUGCAGCUGAACUAUAUGUCUUGCUAAAUUGCAAGGAGGUUGAUGUUUGGGUAACUAAAUUUGAGGAAGAAGUUGGUGCAAAUUUGUCACAUGAACAACUACAAAGAUUGCGAACAAAUAAUUUUGUUCAAUGAAUUGUUGAUGUCAAUCCAAGCUUUAAACUUUCAACGGGGGAGCCAUUUUGCCUUGCUAGUCAAGCACAACAAGUUUAUUAUACUCUAUAUCCAACAGCCACGGAUAGAACUACCCGGGGAUGGUUGGCAGCAUGCAAAAUCAAAUCUAGACAUCUAAUUGAGACCUCAUCUACCUCAUCUUCAGGAGAGGUUGAUGAUAUUUUUCAAGAUGAUGACCCCUUUAUAAUGCAAGGCUCUUCAUUAGCUAUAGAUUUAACUGCAUACCAAUCACUUCAACUAUGUGUAGAAGGUGUUACAGAAGUUGAGGUUGAUGCUAAUACAUUUGAAGAAGAUGAGGACUAUGGAGAAGAAAAAAAUUCAGAAUCCUCAGGAAAUAGUGAUAAUGUUGAGGAUGAUGAUGAUAGCGAUGAUAGUUCAGCAAGGAGGAGAUCUUCCUCCUCAGGAUCACAAGAGCAACACAAUCUUAAUCACCCACAGCUGUUUACUAAUAGUGGCAUAGCUCCGAAUAUACAACAAACGAUUGAUCCAUCAAUGGAUUAUAAUUUUGCACCUGAUCAUGAAAACGCGGACCCUUCAUCCUCGAUGGGGAAAAAAGGACAAAGCAAGAAUUUAAAAGGAAUAGGCCCUCCAAAAAAUAGAGAGAGCAAGAAAUGGGUUAAACUCACAGAUGAUAAGCUCCAGUUUGUUGAUCCAAACAUCCCUUGGGCUAUCACUUCACUAUGGAAGUCACGUUUUGAUCGCCCAUAUUUCACAUACGAACGUGUCCCCCAAAGUAAGCUUGCUGAAAUUUAUAAUUGUUCCAAGACACUUUACCAGUGGGAUCCUGCAAAUACUCACCAUGUGCGAGAUGCAUUCCUAAAUUGUAUGAAACAUAGAUGGAGUGACAAUCUCGGGGAUGAGAAGUUGAAAUGGGACAAGAACUCAGCCUAUGUCCCAUGUUGGAUCCCAACUCAUAUAUGGCCUCAGCUGUUGACAUAUUGGGACUCUGAUGAAUAUAAGAGGCUCAGUGCAAAGGGAGCAAAGAAUAAGAGCUCUGGGGAAAGGUUGACUCACACCACUGGGUCCAUUAGCUUUGGCAUCCAUGAGAUGCAGAUGACUGAGUCUAAAGGUGGUGUGCAACCUCCCCAUCAGGAGAAAUUCAAGAAGACACACACCUUCAGAAAAAAGUCAGGAAAGGAUCAAGAGCUAGUGUGGAUCAAUGAAAAAGCAAAGUAUCGAUAUGUAAGAUACCAUGUUGCGGAGUGCACAGAGAGUCAUGGCUCUGAUGCUAGUUCGUGGCCACGCAUGGAUAACGAGGCAUGGGUUAAGGCUGUUGGAGGCAAAGAUCAUGAGGAGUUAGAAAGACAACGCCAACAAAUUGCUCUAAUGCAACAGCAGUUGGCCAAUAUAACAAAAGCUCAGAAUAAUAUGAGUCAGACAAUUGCACAGUCUGUUGCAGCAGCUCUAGCUGCUCAUGGCAUCUCCCCUCAGGCAGGUUAUCAUCCAGUUGCCCCACCACAGCCAUCACAUGGUCUUGGCUUAGGUCUUCGCAUGAAUUCAACUUUCACCUACUCCACUGAUUCCACACAAACCUCUCCUAUGGUUCCUGAAUAUUAGCAGCAGCGGCAAUGUUCGCCUCAAGAUGAUGAUGCAUAUCAUUCUGCUUUUGAUCCAGACUAUCAGGGUCCUUAGUUUUUUUUUAUUUUUCUGCUACGCACAUUAUCUACACACUUUGCAUGGCUGGCUUUAUUUCUAUUAGUACUUUAAACUGUUAGCUUUAGCUUUUCAUUACGAUAUCUUUUCUUAUUUUGCUUAACCUCCAGUGAUCAUACUUCAAAAGGUAUGAAGUUUUGGACUGCUUUGGAGGUUAAUUAUUAUUAACUAAAUAUCGUGGGUACUUAAAACAAUGGUGUGUGAUUGCCAUAUAUACUUUGUGGUUGUGGUUGUAGUUGUGGUUGUGGUUAUGGUUAUGGUUAUGGUUGAAAAGGUAUAAUUGUUUUUAGCAUGCUAAACUUGUAGAAUAUAUGUGUUUCUCAUUG